AUGAGCCCAAGUCCAUCGGUGUCGCCAAGAAGGACUCUCAACAAUAAAUCAUCGUACAUUGGCAAUGGCAGCGGGCUGGUCCUGCCUCCUACGCAGGUCAAACUGAACCAGCAGCCGGUUCUGAGCUUCCAACAGAAGACAACUUUCGACUCAAACCAGCAAUUCUUCUACUAUCCAGAGUCGCCUACAAAGAGCCAAAGACCAAGGUUCAACAGCGUCUCGCAGAUUAAUAAAGACACUAACGAAAACUACUACGCCGGUGCCGCAAACAGCAAUGGCAACAGACCGUCUAGAUAUCCAAAUGCCGGUGCCGCAAACGUAAAUGCUAAUCCGCAUCCGCACCAUCAGUCGGUGUCUCAUAUAAAUUCUAAAGCUCCUAAGUUCAAUCAAACGAAGGAAGUGAAGAGCAUAAAGGAUAUCUCGUUUCCUUCCAGAACUUGCACUGCCAAGAGAUAUUUCACCAGCCCGAUAGAUCUCCAUGGUAUAAGAAACAAUAGUAGCAACAUAACACCUACAUUGACGAAUUCUCCUAUGAAGUCAAAGGCAAAUUUCAACAUCAAAAAAUUCAUUUUACCCAGGUCCGUUAUCAUUACGUAUAAAUUGGCAUCACCGGUACAUGAAACGAUAGACGAUAUAUCGAAAAAAAUCAUCAUCUUACAAAUCUCGUUGAAUUUUGAGAAAAGUUACCAUUCUUUGCAGCCGAUUCAAUUGUCCACAGAUAGAAAGACACGGAUCUUAAAAUCACUAGACGAACUAUGCGGUGAACACCUGGUCCUCCUACCCAAGCAACAGAGUCAGCCUCAAAAUAACAUUAAGCCCGUGAAGAAUCUUCCAAAUAUCAAUACUAAGCAGAGAACCAGUACCAGCAUAGGCACAACCGCCAAUGAGAGCUUUGAAUUGAGCUUUGACGGGAAGGCAAUGGAUAGGUCUGAUAUAUUUCGAAUGGUAGACUCAUUUAGCAUUGCCAUCUCAGAUGAGGAUGAGGAUGAUGACGAGGAUAACUUCCAACAGAGAAACAAGAGCAACAGAAUUCUACCGGCGGAAAUAUUAAGUAAUGGACUCUUGAAAUGA